AUGUCUUCUACAGAAAAGCGGCUUCUGAAGGAAUACCGUGCUGUUCAGAAAGAGUUGGCGGAGAAAAGGUCAUCAAUUCGCGAUACGGGGAUCGUUGACCUGCAUCCUUUGGAAGAUGGGCUUUUCAGGUGGAGCGCUGUGAUUAAAGGCCCAGAUCAAUCCCCAUUUGAAAACGCACUGUGGCGACUGGAAAUCGAUAUCCCUACAAACUAUCCUCUCGACCCCCCGCAAAUCAAGUUUGUGGUGUUUGGCGAAGAGAAAAUAAGGCAGAUGCAGAGAAAAACCGGCUCCGGUACUCGCAAAGUGUGUUACAAGAUGCCCCAUCCAAAUGUUAACUUCAAGACGGGUGAGAUCUGUCUUGACAUUUUACAACAGAAAUGGUCACCUGCAUGGACUCUGCAAAGCGCACUGGUUGCGAUAGUUGUAUUGCUUGCAAAUCCAGAGCCAUUAAGUCCACUCAAUAUUGACAUGGCUAACCUGCUAAAAUGUGACGACAUGACAGCCUACAGAGACCUUGUGCACUACUACAUUGCCAAAUACUCAGCAUACGAAUCUAAUGAUGUAUAA